AUGGCUAACGCUUCUGCCAAAAAACAAGCCAUCGCAAAUAAGGCUGCUCUUAAACAGAUGCACCUGGCUUCUCUUGCUGUCAAUGGCUUUGUCUUUUUAUCCUUUUUCGUCCUUCACAGACCAUUUUCAUUAAAACCAUUCCUGCUUUUCUCGCUGCCAGCACUGCUGCUUCAAUUCCAGCUCGAACGUAUGGGUCGCCCCCGUUAUGAUACCUCCCAAGUCCCUCCAGAAGCACGUGGAACCCCACAAGGCCAGGGAACUUUGGUCUAUCCCGGUGAAGAUCUCGCUGCAGAAGGUCUCACAGAAUGGCUUCAUGAUGUCAUCUACGUAACUUGGUUCUGUGAUAUCCUUUCAGUCAUAUUCAACUCUCAUAAAGUCUGGUAUCUUUAUCUUUCAAUCCCUAUAUAUGCUUCUUAUAAAGUCUACGGACUCAUCAUUGGAGCUAAAGGGGGACUUUUCAACUCCGCAGCCCAUGGUGAUGCUGCCGUCCCAGAAAUGUCCAAGCGACAAGAAAAGCUUCAGAAAAAACGUCAAAAAUUGACUUCCAAAUAA